AUAUUUGAAGAUGUUCGUGAUGCUGAAGAUUCUCUGUAUAACCUCAACAGAAGGUGGGUAUGUGGCCGUCAAAUUGAAAUACAGUUUGCACAAGGUGAUCGCAAAACACCAGGCCAAAUGAAAUCAAAAGAACGUCACCCUUGUUCUCCAAGUGAUCAUAGGAGAUCAAGAAGCCCCAGCCAAAGAAGGACUCGAAGUAGAAGUUCUUCAUGGGGAAGAAAUAGGCGGCAGUCUGAUAGCCUUAAAGAGUCUCUACACAGGCGAUUUUCUUACAGCCAGUCUAAAUCUCGCUCCAAAUCACUACCAAGGCGAUCUACCUCAGCAAGGCAGUCAAGAAUUCCAAGAAGGAAUUCUGGUUCUAGAGGACGGUCAAGGUCCAAGUCCUUGCAAAAAAGGUCCAAAUCGAUAGGAAAAUCACAAUCAAGCUCACCUCAAAAGCAGACUAGCUCAGGAACAAAAUCAAGAUCACAUGGAAGACAUUCUGACUCCAUAGCAAGAUCCCCGUGUAAAUCUCCCAAAGGGUAUACAAAUUAUGAAACUAAAGCACAAGCAACAAAACACUCUCAUUUUCGAUCAUAUUCCAGAUCACGGAGUUAUCGUCAUAAAACCGGUUGGUGA